AUUUUAUUAUUUUAUUAGGUUAGUGAAGGGACCCUAAACAGAUUGAAAGAACUGCAAGAUAUCAGGAGAGAAGUCCUGAUAAAAUCAGACAAAUCUUCAUCGAAAAUGGUGGAUAAACAUUUGAAGACCAAUCCCCCUUCUCAGUAUGAAGUUGGGGAGAUUGUCCUUGUUCGUCAUCUAGGCAAGGACAAAGGAGUAACCAGGGGUGGGCAGAAGAUCACCUCUCCAAAAGCUGUUGAGGGUGAGAUUUUGCAAGUAGACAACAAGCUCCACAAAUACAAGGUGCGGAUUGGAAAAAAAGUUUCAUGGCGAUCUGUUUGCCAGAUUACAGCAUUAACAAGGCAAAAGGAAGGAGAAAAGAGAAGGCAAAGUAGACAUGCAGAUAUCUACAUGAAUGUCAGGGCACUACAAAAACAAAUGACGACCCCAACAGCACUAUCUUAUGACCAUCUUCUCCAGAAAUUAGAAGACUUGGCAAGGGAAAGGGGCCGUGUAGUGAAACACAACUCAGGUGGAGGAAACUGCAUGUUUCUGUCCCUGAGUGACCAGAUUUAUCAUGUGCUUAACUUGGAAAUGAAUGCUCUGGAGGUUAGGGACAACAUUGUUGAGCAUCUGAGGACACACCCAAAUAUAAUCGAUGGAACACCACUGUAUCAGUUUGUCUGCACACAGCAGUCAUGGGAAGAUUACCUUUCAACCAUGGAGGCCCCUGGCACCUGGGGUGAUCACCUAGUUCUCCUGGGUGCUGCAGAGUUCCUCCAAGCUGACAUUGAGGUAAUCACAACAGCAUCGGAAACACACCCGGUCACGAUCAAGGCAGUGAACAGACAAGAUAAAACCAAGAAGCUAUUCCUGGGACAUAUCUCUGAGUUCCAUUAUGUGAGCCUGAAUGAACUAGGACAGUUUUGCAGGGAUUGUCACUUGGAGUUGUCGUUGUGCCAAUGCGUGGACAACAUUAAUGCAAGUGACACAAGAUCAUCCACACCUGGUUAUGGUAGUGAAGAGGACACAGUUCCAGAAAGUAGCAAUAUUCAUCUACCAGAAACUAUGCAAGUUUCAAAGGCAUUCUUUGAGAAAGAGGAGGACAAUCUUGCCACGUAUCUGCGGAAUCUGAUUCAGGGAAACUUCAGUGGCGACAGAGAUGGGCGAGGAGAGAGGCACACAAUGUUUCUGCAAAGAUAUCCGUAUCAGGACAUGAAGGCAGGCUUUGCAGCAAGUUACAUACCAGUAGAGCUCUAUGGACACCUCCUGAAGUGGCUUGAAACCAACUUUACACGUCGUAUCCCAAAAGACAAAAGCUGCCCCUACACCAGCUCAAUGACCACUGUCUUGGAUGUGCACAAUGUGGACGACAAACUCAAAGAACUGACUCUGCAGUACAUGUGUGCAACAACACACUACAUUUUUUAUGUAGCAGUGAAAGAGGCGUGCUUGUACCUCACUGAGAAAUCCACAAAACUCAACUACAUGGAUGUCAAUAGAGAGUGCACUGAAAUGGAGUCUUAGAGAGAGAGAGAGAGAGAGAGAGAGAGAGAGAGAGAGAGAGAGAGAGACAGAGACAGAGAGAGA